GUUUCCCAUCGCCUCCCGGUGCGGGGCGGUCCCGGACUCGUUCUCCCGGCGUUCCCGGCGGGGGCGGUCCCGGAUCCCGCCUCGUUUUCCCGGUGCUCCCGGCAGCCCCGGUGCCCGUUUCCCGUGCGGCCCCGUGGCGGCGGCGGAGCGGGGCGAUGCUGCGGUGCAUGCCGCCGCUCUGGCGCUGCAACCGGCACGUGGAGGCGCUGGACCGGCGGCACUGCUCGCUGCAGGCCGUGCCCGAGGACAUCUACCGGUACAGCCGCUCGCUCGAGGAGCUCCUGCUGGACGCCAACCAGCUCCGAGAGCUGCCCAAGCCAUUCUUCCGUCUCCUGAACCUGCGCAAGCUGGGCCUGAGCGACAAUGAAAUCCAGCGCCUUCCCCCCGAGGUCGCCAACUUCAUGCAGCUGGUGGAACUGGACAUCUCCCGCAACGACAUUCCAGAAAUUCCCGAGAGCAUCAAGUUCUGCAAAUCCUUGGAAAUCGCGGACUUCAGUGGGAAUCCUCUCUCCAGGCUUCCAGAGGGCUUCACGCAGCUUCGGAGCCUGGGCCACUUGGCCCUGAACGACGUCUCCCUGCAGAGUCUCCCCAAUGACAUCGGGAAUUUGGCAAACCUGGUGACUCUGGAGCUCCGUGAGAACCUACUGAAGACUCUCCCCACUUCGCUCUCCUUCCUGGUCAAGUUAGAGCAGUUGGAUCUUGGAGGCAAUGACCUGGAGGUGCUGCCGGACACUCUGGGAGCGCUGCCAAACCUGCGUGAGCUCUGGUUGGACCGGAACCAGCUCUCGGCCCUGCCACCGGAGCUGGGCAAUCUCCGCCGCUUGGUCUGCCUGGAUGUGUCAGAGAACAAGCUGGAGCAGCUGCCCAACGAGGUCAGCGGGCUGGUGGCACUGACGGACCUGCUGCUGUCACAGAACCUGCUGGAAUGCAUUCCGGAUGGGAUUGGUCAUCUGAAGCAGCUCUCCAUCCUCAAGGUGGACCAGAAUCGGCUGACGGAGGUGACAGAGUCGAUCGGGGACUGUGAAAAUUUGUCGGAACUCAUCCUGACGGAGAACAUGCUGACAGCCCUUCCAAAGUCCCUGGGCAAGCUGGCCAAGCUGACGAACCUGAACGUGGAUCGGAACCGGCUGACGUCCCUCCCGGCUGAGAUCGGAGGCUGCGCCAACCUGAACGUGCUGUCCUUGCGCGACAAUCGCCUGGCCCUUCUGCCACCGGAGCUCGCCAGCACCACCGAGCUCCACGUCCUGGACGUGGCCGGGAACAGGCUGCAGAACUUGCCGUUUGCUCUGACGAACCUCAACCUGAAAGCCCUGUGGCUGGCGGAGAACCAGUCCCAGCCCAUGCUGAAAUUCCAGACGGAGGACGACGAAAAGACCGGAGAAAAGGUCCUGACGUGCUACCUGCUCCCGCAGCAGCCCUCGCCCAGCCUAGAGAAUCUCUUGCAGAACGGGGUGGACGAGAGCUGGACGGACACCAAUUUGAACAGAGUCAGCGUGAUCCAGUUCCUGGAUGAACCCAAAGGAGAUGACGAAGAGGAGUCCGGAGCGGAGAGGCGGGGCUUGCAGCGCCGAGCAACCCCGCACCCCAGCGAGCUGAAGGUCAUGAAGAAGGUGAUCGAGGUUCGGCGCAAUGAGGCGUUUGCCGCAAAGCCCGACCUGGGCCCCGGUUCUCCCAGCUCGGAGGAGAAGAGGCUGAGCGCCACAUCGAACCGCAGCGAGGAUUCCCACCUUUCCAACAGCACCGCCUCCGCGGACUGCCGGGGAGACGAGGGAGAGCGGAGCCGGCCGAACGGGCAGCCCGAGGCGCUGGAGCUGGAGAAGGAGGCGAAGCCCAGAGUGGAAGAGGAGCGUAAGGAAGCGGCCGAGCAAGAGGAGGAAGAUGUGGAGGUGGAAUACAAUGAGCCCACUGUGCACUUCGCUGAGGACACACUGAUACGGAGCGAGGAUGAAGAUGAAGAUGAAGAUCGACCCUUCCCAGUGGAGAAGCAGCGGCUGAUCCGCAAGGACACGCCCCACUACAAGAAACACUUCAAGAUAACUAAACUGCCCAAGCCGGAGGCGGUGGUGGCGCUGCUGCAGGGGCUGAGCAGCGACGGAGUCCCCAAAGAGGAGGAGGAGGAGUUGGGAGGCUGCAACAACAACGCGGAGCCCGAGGACCAGGAGGAAGCGUGGGAUGAGGAUGAGAGAAAGAAUGGAGCUUUGUCUGCUCAGCCGUCGGUGAAGGGGGUGUCGUUUGAUCAAGCCAAUAAUCUGCUGAUUGAACCUGCUCGCAUUGAGGAGGAAGAGCUGACGCUGACCAUCGUGCGGCAGACGGGCGGGCUGGGCAUCAGCAUCGCCGGCGGCAAGGGCUCCACGCCCUACAAGGGCGACGACGAGGGCAUCUUCAUCUCCCGUGUGUCUGAAGAAGGUCCUGCAGCUCGCGCGGGGGUCCGUGUUGGCGACAAGCUUCUGGAGGUGAAUGGCGUCUCCCUGCACUGCGCCGAGCACCACACGGCAGUGGAAGCUCUGCGCGGAUCCGGAAGCUCCGUCUCCAUGACGGUUCUGCGAGAGCGGAUGGUGGAGCCAGAAAAUGCCAUCACCGUCACCCCGCUGCGCCCCGAAGACGACUAUAGCCCUCGCGAGCGGCGCGGUGGCCUGCGCUUCCCGGAGCGGCCCGAGGGCGCGGCGCCCACCGAGAGGUUUUCCACCUGCCUCAUGCGCAACGAGAAGGGCCUGGGCUUCAGCAUCGCUGGCGGCAAAGGCUCCACACCCUACCGGGCCGGGGACACGGGAAUCUUUAUCUCACGGAUCGCAGAGGGAGGUGCAGCCCAUCGGGACGGGAUCCUGCGUGUUGGAGACCGGGUCAUCUCGAUCAAUGGGGUAGACAUGACAGAAGCCAGGCAUGAUCAGGCGGUAGCGCUGCUUACCGCGUCCUCCCCCACCAUCGUGCUGCUGGUAGAGAGAGAGGGUGCGGAGCAGCUCGGCGAGGGAGACGCGCCGGCCGCGCCGCGCGGGCGCAUGCACUCCCCACCGCCACCGCCCCCCAGCCACGGGGAGAGCCCGCCCGAGGAGACGCCGGCGCUGCAGAGGAGCCCACUGGCCAAGGGCCUGGAGGACCAGUAUCCCAUCGAGGAAAUCCACCUUGUGAAAGCGGGAGGGCCCCUGGGCCUCAGCAUUGUCGGGGGCAGCGACCAUUCGAGCCACCCCUUUGGCAUCCAUGAACCGGGGGUCUUCAUCUCCAAGGUCAUUCCCCGUGGACUGGCGUCGCGCAGCGGGCUCCGUGUUGGGGACAGGAUCCUGGAGGUGAACAGCAUUGACCUUCGCCAUGCGACCCACCAGGAGGCGGUGAACGCCUUGCUCUCCAACACCCAGGAGCUGACCAUGUUGGUGCGGCGAGAUCCGCCGCCGCCUGGGAUGCAGGAAAUAUGCAUCGAAAAGGCACCAGGAGAGAAGCUCGGCAUCAGCAUCCGGGGUGGAGCCAAGGGCCAUGCUGGAAACCCGUUCGAUCCCACAGACGAAGGCAUCUUCAUCUCCAAGGUGAGCUCCUCCGGAGCCGCGGCCCGGGACGGCCGGCUGAAGGUGGGAAUGCGGAUCCUGGAGGUGAACCACCAGAGCCUGCUGGGAAUGACGCACACGGAAGCCGUGCAGAUCCUCCGGAGCGUGGGUGACGCGCUCCUCGUGCUCGUCUGUGACGGCUUUGAUCCCAAGGCUGCGGCUGCCAUCGAGAUGUCUCCAGGGAUUAUCGCAAACCCUUUUGCUGCUGGCAUCGGGCGCAAGAACAGCCUGGAAAGCAUCUCCUCCAUCGAUCGGGAUCUAAGCCCGGAGGAACUGGAGAUCCUGCAGAAGGAGAUGGAAAUGGUGAGAGAAGCAGCUCAGUGGGAGAGAGAAGAGAUGGAGAAAGUGGAUCGGAUGCGUAGGGAGCGGGAAGCAGCCGUGCGGCAGCUUGAGGAGGAGACAGAGAACGCCUCCGGCGAGCCGUUGCGCCUGGAUUACCGGACCCUGGCUGCCCUGCCCAGCACCGGCCUGCAGAGAGGCAACCGCAGCUACGAUAAGCCCGGCUCCGGAAUGGAGGGCGACGUCCCUCCGCUGUCCCUGACAGUGGCACAGGACCGUGGGGAUCCGUGCCCAGACGUGGCUGCAUGUCCGACCGUCAGAAGCGCGUCCGGCCUUUCCCGGGAUCCUGUGUCUCCGCACGAGCGCGCGAGCUGGGCGGAGACGCCCCGGCCUGACGAGCGGGAUCCCGCGGGGGUCCUGGCGUCGCAGGAGCCAGAGGCGCCAGAGCAGGAAUGUCUGAUCGACUCGCAGCCCAUCCUCUUCAACGAGAACCCCUUCGUGGUGGCCAACCGCCGCGGCAAGGCGGCGGGCGGGGGCUGCCUCGGUGGUCCGCCCCUGGGCUACGGCACGGGGGGAGUCCUGCAGACCAACCUCUACUCCAAGGCUCCUGUGGGUGACGUUGGGACAGGAAAUUCCAGGCGUGAAGGUCCCUAUUCUCCUGGUAACCAGCAGGCGCCCGGCGCCCCUCGUCCCGCUCACCUGGCAGGGAGGGAGACGCGCUUCGCCUCCAUUUCCUUCCUCACCUCGCAGGACGACAGCAAAUCGACCAAGCCGGGCGUCAUACAGCCUCUUGCCCGAGUGCGACAAAAUGCGGCCACGCACAACGUGGAGGAUGGGGACAGCCCCAACCCCUUCCAGCCACCCGAGCUCUGCACCUAUGUCCAGACCUCCCAAAAGCCACCGUCACCGCCCUCUCCCGAUGAGAUCCCCACCAACGUCAAGCAAGCCUACAAGACCUUCGCAGCAGUGCCCUUGUCCCACCCUCUGCUCGAGGCGCAGGAGUCGCCUGGCCAGAGCGGCACCGAGAGUCCCCAGGCGGCCCCGGAGGCGGCCAUGCUCAGCACCACGGGGCUGCACAGCCCGGAGCAGAGGUCCUUCCGCGAGAGGCAGAAGUACUUCGAGAUGGAGGUGAAGCAGCAGCAGACAGAGAAGCCACCCAAGCGCGUGUCCCUGGUCGGGGAGGAUGACCUGAAGAAGAUGAAGGAGGAGGAAGCUCGGAAACUGCAGCAGAAACGAGCCCUUCUGUUGGAGGAGGAGGUGGAAGAGGAGGAGAUGGCCAAGGAGGCGCCCGAGACGAGCGCGCAGUCCAGCAUCAUCAUUGAAGGUGUUGAGUACAAGAUUGAGAGACUGAAUGGAAGGAACAUCCCGGCUCCAGCAACUCGGCCCACCGAGGUCGGCGAGAACAGCAGCUCACAGAGGAAUUCACUGGAAGAGGGAAUCAAGCCGGAACAGAGAACCAACUCUAUGUCUGGGCUGAGUCCGUCCUAUCUCGGACCCGGGGAUCCAGUGGCUCCUGUGCGGACGGCCAAAGCCGAGCGGCGGCACCAGGAGCGACUGCGCAUGCAGAGCCCUGAGCUGCUCAGCGUUCAAGAGAAGGAGCUUUCUCCAGCAGAACGUCGCGCUCUGGAGGCGGAGAAACGCGCGAUGUGGAGGGCAGCACGCUCCUCAGCUCUUGAAGACAGUAUUAAGCAGUACGAGCAGGAUCUGGCCAGGAAGCUGUACCAGUCCCGACAGCGGGCACCUGCCUCCGCGGCCAGGCCAGCUCAGAUGUCUAGCCCAGUGCAGAGUCGCUCCUCAAGAACCCCCGGGUCAGGAAGCCAAUCCAGCAUGAAGUCACUUGAACAGGACGCUCUGAAAGCCCAGAUGGUCAUUGCCAAGUCCAAGGAGGGCAAGAAGCGCAGCACGCUGGAGCACCUGGCAGAGUCGCCCUCGCCCGCUCCCACCCCAUCGCCAACACCACUGGAAGAUUGCAGCCCCAGGAACGUCACUUCGCCGGGGAGGCUGUCCCUGUCUGAAAAGAAGUUUGACUACCGGGAAUUUGCUGCAAUUCCUUCCUCCAAACCUGUUUACGAAAUCCAGUCACCCAACGCCGCCGAUGACCUCAGAUACAUGGAUGACAGAAAUAACUCAGUUCCGCAGGAGCAGGAUGGGCAGCCGGCGGAGGAGGAGGAGCUGCUGCCCGCACGCGAUUCAUCCACCCCCACUUCAUCAGCACUUGAAGAAAUGGCCCUGUACAGCAGCAAGCGCAAACUCCGACACGGCCGGCGCAGUUUGGAGGCUGCUGUUCCCACGUAGAGGAGCGGAGGCACCUGGGCGACUCUCCAGCUCCCCGUGCCCCAAGGACAGCACUGGACCUGCCCACACUGCUGCCUCCGGGCUCUGGCUGGGAACGGAGUGCCCCGGCGAGCAUUGUGGGCAACUCGACUUCUUUUAAGGCUGUGAAACGCCCUCUUUUCUCACCCGAUGAUGCACUGGGCACGUCCUGGAUGGAACGGGACGACUCUUGACUUCUUGAUGGCAAACGGAGAGGAGGUGUGGGUAGGACAGCGGGUGGCCGCAGCUUCUUAGCCUGUAAAUAGUGUGGGGAAGAGGGGAGGGCGGGGAGGCCUGCGAGGGCGCCGGGCUCCGGCCGCCGUCUCCUCCACUGGGAUUUGUAGUGGUUAAUGGGGGAGCUUCUGCUCUGGUGUGGAUUAGGGGGAAGGGCCGUCCUGCCUUCGCUCCUGUUGGGUUGCCAGUCUUUUGCCGAAAAGCAUCUCCUCCUGCACCGCGCCGGCUCACUUCCGUUCGGGAGGAUGCGGGAAUGGGCAGCUUGGAGGCAAAAAAAACUCUGGAUUUCAGCAAAGUGCCUGCCUCCGACACCAACAGCGGGGCACUCGGCAGAGACGGCGCAACGAGCAGGAGCCUCUGCCGGCUCCGUGCCGCUGGCUUCCACGGUGUCCCGUUCAGGAAGAUGCUCCUGCCGGUGUUCCGUGCCAUUCCGGGAGACGGAUUCCUGCCUGGAUGCACACACGAGUGCGUGGGGCUUGUGACCUGCUCUGCAGGCACCGUGUCCCGGUGUCAGAAGAGGCCGGGAGGUUUGGCACCGCGGCGGAACCGGGGCAGCAACGGGAAAAGAGGCAGGAGGAGGGUAGCAGCAUGCAUGUGUGAACGCGAUAGAGAGCGGAGUAGCUGGGGUUAGGGUACGUGGCAGAGGUAGGAGGUGUGAAAGCGGUAGGAUAGCGGGUUAGGAUUGAGGAAACGGGGACGGGGAGUGUUGCUGGGGUCAGGGUAGGACUCGAGGGUCUCGCAGGCAGCAGGAGGAGCGGGUGAGUCGUGGUGAUGCCCACGGUGUGGGGUUACACGGUGCCCAGCGUGGGGAGCACGGGUGGCUCUGGCCCUUGCCUUGCAGUCACCACACAGGUCCCUCCGCCAGCGUUUCGGCUUCAGACCCCUUUCCACGUAGCGUAGGGAAAAAAAAAUCCAUGUUUGCCCACGCAAGAGGGAGAAGUGGAAAUGAAGAGAGAGCAGGGGAGCAAUCCCUGGGUUCUGUGAGCGGAACGAGGGCUGCAAACAGGUUCCGUGCUGUGAGCUCUGCCAGCGUGGGGGAGAACGGUGCUGCCCACGGCACGGGGCUCGGGCUGCACUGCCCACGACUGAAGUGAAACAGCCCUUUCCUUCUCCUUUUUUUUUGGCUUUUAAUGCCUCUCGUGGGGAGGAAAGCGUCAGAGCCCGGCAGCGACCCGCUCUGCCUGCCCUGGCGCCGCGGUGCUCUCUCUGAACCCUCCCGCAGCGAGGCUGGAGCCGUGCCUCGAGCCUCUCCACCACCAGACACGGCUCGGGCGCUCCUGCGUGUGAAUUUGCUGAGUGAAAGAACCAGAUGAGGUUUCUUUUAGUUGAGAAUCUCCCUUCCUGCCAAAUCUCGGCGAAUCGCUGUGACUGACUCCAUACGUUUUGAUUUUACAGAGCCUCGAAUGGAGAAACUCCGAUAAUCUCAGACAGCAGCUCCGGCUGCUUCCAUCAUCAGCAAUUUGAGCUUUUUUUCCUUUUUAACUCUAAUUUUAGCGUUUGCUUUUUAACAACAGCGAUUUUGGAAACAAUCCUGGAUUGGUUUUUGGUGACUAACUUGUGAUUCUUCUUUUCCUUUCCCUUUGCGGUACCUGGUGCCCGGCUCCGGGUUCUCUCCCGGGAGACUCUGAGGGACAAUUAGCAAUCAAGACUGUAACUAGUGAAAUUUGUACAACCAAAGAAAUCUAUUUUGUGGUUCAAGGAUAAUAAAGUUUACUUUACAUUUUA